AUGAACAUUGAACUUUGCGGAGUUACACUCCAUGAUUUCGAUAUUUUAAUUAUCUCCGUGUAUCGCCCUCCGACCGGAAAUCUGGAAUUUUUCUUUUACACCUUGGAUAAAUGCCUCUGUUACCUGACCAAUAUUAGACCAGCUAAAAACAUUGUACUUGGUGGUGAUUUUAACAUUGCUCUCAACAGCCCUACAGCUCCCACCCAAAACCUUGAGGAGCUACUUCGGGGGCAAGGUCUUUAUAUAACGAACUACUUGCCGACGAGGGGAGACAGAUGCCUGGAUACAGUUGUGACAAAUCUUGAUACUCUAGACUACAACACCAAUGUCCUUUCGUCCAUCAUUGCGGACCACGCACCUGUUCAAACAACCGUGUGGAAAAAGAGGGUAAGUGAGACUCCAACUAUUCCAUCUUGGCAUAUGAAUUAUUUAUCCUAUAGAAGACCUAUUAAUGAAGAUGUUCCACCCUCCUUCAAAGAGGCCUUGAGUAACGUAAACUGGUCUGAGGUCCUAAAUUUAAAGGAAGACGGAGACAUUCUCCAACAAUUUCACAAUAAAUUUGUAGAAGUGUUUGACACCUUUUUCCCUAUGACAGUUAGGCCUAGAGUGAUUGUUAUACCAAAAAAGACCAAGAAACUAUCAAAUGAUUGGUAUACAGCUGAGCUUGGUAAAUUUAGGUUGCUUGUCCAGCUGAUAUUUGACAAGUAUAAAGCGGAAGCGUCAGUAGAGCGAAGAGAUAGGUUAUAUGCAUUAUACUUGAAGGCAAAGCGUAACUAUCAGGUUGAAGUAGAUGCUGCCAAAAAGCUGCAUACUGUACAUAAAAUUGAGCGCUCCAAUAACAAGUGUAAGGCAGCUUGGAGUGUCAUAAACGAAUCUAGAAAAUCAAGAGCAACCAUUAGUAGUCAAAUAAGCCCUGAUGAAUUUAAUUCCUACUUUGUAAGUACUGUAGAUGACAUUGUUAAUGACAUGCAACCUGACAGUUCCGUUGCUGCUCUAGCGGUGCCUGUGGCACAACACAAUUUCUUGAAAUGGAGACCUACAACUUCAGCAAAAAUUAUUAGAAUUACUAAGAACUUCUCAAACUCCUACAGUCCAGACAUAUAUGGUCUUACACCACACAUCUUGAAGCAUAUUAUAGAAGCUGUUGCUCAACCCCUCUGUAAGGCUAUAAAUUGCUGUCUGUCAACGGGUGUUUUUCCUGAUUGUCUAAAAAUCUCAAGAACUGUUCCUAUCUUCAAGAAAGGAGAUGUAAACGCUGCAUCGAGCUACAGACCGAUAUCCAUCAUUCCCUGUUUGGCAAAAAUACUUGAAAAAAUCAUGCAAAACCAAAUUGUAGACUAUUUUGAGACUAACCAUCUUUUCUCAAAUUCACAACAUGGUUUCCGUAAAGGAAAAUCAACCGCUACAGCUCUCAUCUCCCCAGUGAAAGGAAUACAAAAUGCCUUUGAGGACAAGCAUUCCAUGUCCAUUGUCCUAUGUGAUCUGUCAAAGGCGUUUGACGUUGUCUCCCACAGUAUUCUUCUUCAGCAGCUGGCUCGAUAUGGGUUAGGUGGGAUUGUGCUCAAAACACUAGACUCCUAUCUUUGUGAGAGGAGCCAGAUGGUGGCCAUACAGGGGGCUCUCUCUGCUCCAGCUAAGAUGGACCAUGGUGUCCCACAGGGAUCGAUUUUGGGGCCUUCAUUGUUCUUGAUCCUGAUGAAUGACCUUGGUAGUGAUGAUGAAACCCUCCUAUACGCCGAUGACACAACUCUCUGUGGCAGGGGACAACACCCUCUUGAAGCGGCAGCGAAAUCAGAUGAACUGUUCAACAAUGCAAGAAGCUGGUUUGGGCACUAUUGCAUUUUAGAAUCACACAAGAGAAGACACUAUUAG